AUGUCCUCCGAUUUCGCUGAAUUGGCGUAUGUCCCAGUUUCUGUUCAGCAACUGAUAAACUGCUCUUUUUCUAACUGGUACCCCAAAUUUAAGGAUUAUACCUGUAAAUCUGAAAUCAUCAAACCUCUUCCCCAAGAGUUCAUAGCAUACCUAGAGCAAGAUGGUAUCAGAUUAGCAAACGAGAACGAUGGAGGUUCAUUCUACUACAGUACAAUAGAACGUAAUGAAGAAAAUGAGUACAGCGACUGGGAAGAAAGCGAAAAGGACGGAGAGGAAGACAGAACUGAGAAUAACGAUCCUUUGACUCUCUUUCCAGAGCUGCAUAAGAGCAUAAAAAAUCUCAUUAACAAGCAUGGUGCAGUGACACCCAAGCUAAAUUGGUCUUCACCAAAGGAUGCAACAUGGAUUCUGCCGAACAAUACCCUCAAAUGCAACGAGCCCAACGACAUUUAUCUGCUACUAAAUUCCUCAAACUAUAUUACUCAUGACCUUGAUUCUGCUUUCGAUGAAUGUGAAGAUAAACAUGAGGGAGAAAAAUACGUUGAACCUGAGCUGAUACUAAGAUCGUGGUUUAAUAUAAACCCAGCCUUGGAGUUUCGAGUUUUUGUCAAGAAUAAAAAAGUAGUGGGUGUGUCUCAAAGAGAUUUAAAUUAUUACGAUUAUUUGGAACCACUGAAAGACACUUUCAAAGAUUUAAUUGAUGAAUUCAUUGAAGAUGUUGCCGUACCUACAUUUCCAGAUCAUUCGUUCGUUUGUGACCUUUACAUACCAAGGCCCUUUGAAAAAGUUUGGGUAGUAGAUUUCAAUCCUUUUGCCAGAAAAACGGAUUCUCUUUUAUUUUCUUGGAACGAAAUAUUUACUAAGAAUCCAGAAGAUGAUCAGGAUUAUGAACUCCGGCUAAUUAAGGAGCAUAAUAUCGGAAGAUUUGCUUCGAAAGAGCAUUCCGAAAAUUAUGUUCCUAAAGAUGUCACUGACGCUAGUUUCGACUCGCAGGCCAUUCAAGAACUCGCACGAAAAUGGUCAGAAUUGCUCAAAAUGCAGCAGGAUGAAAAGUCCAGUGAUGAUGAAGAAUAA